AUGUCAGCGGCGUCGCAGUCGACGAACCCUUCGCUCGGCCUCUACCUUUCACAACGCGUCCUCCUCCUCACACAAGACGGGCGAGUCCUCCUCGGUGUACUACAGGGGUUCGAUAAUGUCGGGAGUGUCAUAUUGAGCGAUACCAAGGAGAGGGUGUUUACUGCUAGUGAUGAGGAGGAGGGAACGCAGGGUGGGGUGGAGGAGGUGGAUCUGGGGUUGUACGUGAUGAGAGGGGAUGCGAUCUGUCUCAUUGGGGAGGUGGAUACAGCAAAGGACGCAAGCAUCGAUUGGCAGACGGUGGACGUAGAAGGCAUCCCAGAGGUCAGACAUUCAUAG